AUGGCCUUUACGACAAGACCUCACAAGGUUGCAGGGAGGCGACCCUCCCUGCCAGCCAGCUCUCCACAACCAUGGGUGUCUGAAUUGCGACCGUCAUGGCCCAUGUCUGCCGGUCAAAAGUCGCCGACAAGACCUCAAAACCCCCCGUACCAGGCGCCAACAGAGACCAGCCAGCGUCUGUCGCAAGCAGAGGCUCGCGUUGAAUGCCUCGAGGUCGAAGCACAAAAUGCGCCAGACAAACCUGAGCUCGCUUCUGUUAUUGCGUCGCCUAACACCACCAGGCCGAGCACCUUCUGCCAUCGUGGCAUUUCAGAUAAAUCUGUGAUACACCUCGCGCCUCAUUGCGCUUACCAACCCCCGAGCCGUGGACCCAUCGAAUGGGAUACGAGGUUGAGUAUGCAUCAGGGCCAUCUGGGCUCCGGGGAUCCAAUGCACCGGAGACCCUUGCUGGUAUUCCGAGGAGGAAGCACCGAAACAAACCCUGCAAACUCCGAUGGUGGUUAA